AUGUGGGAUAAGCAUUACUCGGAUACUAUGUGUCCGUUUGACUUUGAUGGUCGUGGUGGUGUACUCGCUCACGCGUAUUAUCCCAACGGAGAUCUCAACCAUGUCUCUGAGAUACAUAUCGACAAUGAAGAACAGUGGCAUGUGCAGCUCACUGAAAAUCCAUGGAAUAAGGAUCAUUUGUUGCACACACUGACUCAUGAAAUCGGACAUGCUAUAGGAAUAGAGCACAGUCCAUAUGAUAAUUCAGUAAUGUACGCGUUCGGGCCUGUUAAACAGUGGCCUGUUACGCUNAGUUUGGAUGAUGUUCUGGCUGUGCAAAACCAUUAUGGACCUAACCCGAAUGCACCUGAACUACCGGUCUCUACAUUUGUCCCUCCAACGGUCGCACCGACAACGACGACAACAACGACGCCGCAGCCGUCAUUGCCGCGUAAACCCAAGCCGCUACCACCUAGGCAUGUGUGCGAAGUGCGCAAUCCUGAUGUAAUACUUUUGAUGAAAACUAUUACGAUCAUUGCGUAUGAUAAAUAUGUGUAUAUAGCCUCUUCAAACUGGGGCCCGCAUAUUUAUCCACAUCUGUUGAAAGAAUAUUUGCGCUUUCUCCCAUCCAAUUUUACAAAGCUGGAUGCGGCUUAUCAACAAUCAUCCGGCAAGCUCGUGCUCUUCACCGAUGGUUAUGUGUACUUGGUUUCCUAUCCUAGUUUACAAUUGCAAGAUGGUUGGCCGCGCAGUUUUUCUGAGAUUGGAUUGCCUAGUGAUGCCGUCAUUAACACCGCGUUUCAAUCUUCUAUGGGACACACUUACGUCAUAUUCAACAACGACUCUGUGGCUGUUGUAGAUNAUUGUAGCGUGCGGAUUAAGGAAUACAACAAAUUGAAAUUAACGUUUCUAGGAGUUCCACCGAGUAUGUCGUUGGCCUUUCGUAAUGCAGAUGGUUUUGUGUACUUUCUGUACUCUGAAAGAUAUCUCACGUUCAGCAAAUUCACCAGUUUCAUGCACUCUGCGGGACCUUUUAAUAUGCGUUUAAUUGAUAUUCAUUGUCCGGAUAUAAACAUCUUAUACAACUUAAAGUCCCUAGUUUCUCAACUUGAAAAGUAUGAACACGCUCUUCAUUCAGAGUAG